AUGGCUGCAAAAGCAGAGCACCAGGACAGACUCAGCGAGUUGGAAAGAGACGUCGAUGCACCCGACCCUCAGCAACUCAAACGAAUCAAGAUGAAAGUAGACCUACGGAUCUGCGUUGUCCUGGGCGUGCUAUAUACCGCCUCAUUGAUCGACCUCAGGGCUAACCGUCGAAGAUAUGUCGCUGGAAUGGGGACAGAUCUUGACCUAGUGGGCAAUGCUUAUUCUUUGCUUAUUCUUGUCUUUUUUCCAUUCUACAUUUGUUUUCAGCCGCCCAUGACGGCGAUUGCCAAAAAGCUCCGGCCGGGCCGCUUCCUUGGGACCAUUGUGGUUGCCUGGGGCUUGGUCAUUGUUGGACAUGGGCUUGUCAAAACCUGGCAUGCAAUGCUCGCCCUUCGAUGCUUGCUAGGGAUCUUCGAGGCAGGCUUCUUCUCGAGCUGCGCGUACUUGCUUAGUACGUGGUAUGUGAGAGGGGAGGUCGCAAAACGGAAUGCAGCAUUCUAUCUUUUAGGCUCGCUCAUUGCCGGAUUUGGGGGUAUUCUUGCGUACGGACUGUCCAAGAUGGAUGGUGUGGGAGGCCAUGCAGGCUGGCGGUGGAUCUUCUUGAUAGAGGGGAUCAUCACCAUUGCUUUUGGCCUGAUAGCUUAUUUCCUCAUUGUCGACUUUCCAGAAGAUGCGCACAAGUCGUUCAAGUUCCUUCAAGACGACGAGAUCAAAAUCGUCAUCGACCGAAUCAACAGGCGGUGUCUAGACGUCGAGACACCACCAUUUAAGCUAGGGCCAUAUUUGGCAAAUGCUCUGGAUUGGAAGAUCUGGUUCUUCGCUGCCAACUUCGGUCUCACCUCGGUGGUGACAUAUGCUGCGGCAUACUUUCUUCCUCUUGUCCUUCGUGAAGGACUUGGCUUCUCUGAGGCAGCAGCUCAAUGUCUUAGUACUCCGUGCUAUGUCUUUGGCACGAUCCUCGGCUUGUCAGAAAGUGUCCUCUCAGAUCGGAUCGGAUUACGAACACCGUUCCUUCUCUUCAACUGCGUUAUUGAGAUCAUAGGUGUCGUCGUUCUUGGCUAUGCCAAACCGAGCGGCGCCCGAUACUUUGGGGCAUUUCUCAUCAUUGGAGGGGCGCAGUCAAACAUACCACUAAGUCUGACAUACCAAGCCAACAACAUUCGGGGCGUGUGGAGGCGUGCAUUCUGUUCGGCUACCAUUGUCGGUGCUGGUGGUAUCGGGGGUAUCAUUGGUUCCUUGACUUUCCGCUCUCAAGACGCCCCUCAAUAUAGGUAA